GAGGGCAGAGCUGUGUCUGUUCUUGAUUCACAUUACCUUGGGGAUAAACCUGUUAAAUGGAAAAAGAAAAAAUUCUGGAGCUGCGUGUAGGGCUUCCGGAGCGUCAUGUAGCAUCUAGAUCAGCAAGAGAAGUGGAAAAACAAGAUGAUGAAGGAAGUGGAGCAUCUGUCUUGUGAGGAAAGUGUGCGAGUCCAGGCAGAUUUUGAGUCUGGGCUGUGGGGAGCGCCGUAUGAAGAUGUACAUGUUGGUUGAAAACCGCACAAGCCUCCUCCUCCACCUGAAGAGGUCACCUGGCAUCAGAUCUUGGUCUCUCUUUGUUGGAAUAGCCUCUAUAGGUUUGGCUGCUGCUUAUUAUAGUGCAGACAGCUUGGCCUGGAAGCUCUUCUACAUGACCGGGUGCCUCUUUGUGGCAGUGCAGAACCUGGAGCAGUGGGAGGAAGCUAUAUUUGAUAAGAACAAGGGAACCAUCUGCCUAAAAACAUUCAGUCUUUACAAAAAAAUACUGACCCUCUCAAGAGGAGGCCAUGAACAAGUUGUGGCUCUGCUGCACGAAGUGCGAGAUGUGAACGUGGAAGAGGAGCCGGUGCGUUACUUUGGGAAGGGCUACCUGGUUGUGCUUCGAUUCAUCACUGGAUUUUCACACCCGCUGACGCAGAGUGCGGUGCUGGGCUGCAGGAGUGAUGUGGAAGCAAUUGCCAAACUCAUCACCAGUUUUCUGGAGCUGGACAGAGCAGAGAGCCAACACGAUCUCUCUCAGAGCAGUGAAACGGAAGCCAGUGAUGCUGAUGAACCAGUGGAUAAUUAUUAACAGUCAUUGUCGACUGAAGAAAGCAGAGGCCUUCAAACAUAGAAAACAUAUGCUCGUCUUCAGAAGAAAAAUCCCUUAUCUUGUGCAUUUUCUCUACAUACGUAUUUACAUCAGGAAGAAUCUGUGUGGAGGCUGCUCUUCGUGUUGAACUGCCUCGAACUUCCACGCGUCCCCUCCACUCCAAACGUGGCCUUUGUAGAGUCCAAAGUCAACUCUGCUUUAUUUGCUGCUUUGACUUGGCACCUGGAUGUGGACAGUGCUGCCCUCUGAGCUGGGCUCAUCUUGGAGGAGAAACUGCUCAGCACUGAUUUCUGACUGGUUUGAUGUUGCUUAUUGCUUUCCCAUCAAUAAGGUGGAUAUGCACGUAGAAACUUUCACUUAUUGCAAACUUCUGCAGGUACAGUAUAUGAAAUGUAGCAGAGCUGAAUUUGUAACUUGCAAUGCUCUUUUUUUUUCUUUGAAAUAAUAUAGAUUAAUGAAUAUAGGGCUAACUUGGUUUUAAGUGAUUUAAUAUAAGGUGAUGCAAAAUAAUGGCACUUUUGUGAUAUUCUUUACUAUUGACUUGCCAUUAGAGACUUUGGAAAUCAAAGUUUGAAAGUGACUGUCUGCAAAUUUCACUAUCAGGUUGGUCAGUCCAUUGGGUGGUCUUUAUUUCUCCCGGACUUCCAAGGAUCCGUAAGUGAUAAAUGAACCUUUGCAUCACUGAGCAGCAGAAUUGAAAUGUUCAAUUUCAAUCCUGUUCUGCUCAGCUUCGGGGCACGGGCUACCCCGAAAUGGAACAGCCUUAUUCUGCACUUGACCAUUUGCCAUGUUAACAGUCUGCUUAGAAAGAGGGGUGGGGAAAAGCAAAACUGUUGGUUUUAGGUAGGGAAAAUAUUCAUGUCCAACAACAUGGCAGCCUUAAAUGUGUUUAGUAUUUCCUGCUUUAGAUGAUACUGAAGUGCUAAACAGCAACUUCAUAUUUGUUAAGAUAGCUGGGAUAGUUCCAGUGUCAGACUUGUGCCCAGGCGUUACUCUGGAUGUGUGUAGCAUCCUCCAUUCCACCCUAUGGUUUUACAAACAAUUAAAAAUAAUACAAUUUUUCCAAGACAAAUACUUUUUAAGUAAAACUACCUCGGUUAGUAUGUUUUGUCUAGACUAAACUAAAACUUUUAUCAUUCCUUUAUCCAGGAUAUCAAGCAGAUGCUUUCUUCUUAGUA